CCCCGGUCUCACCGUCGCCCCUACGACACCCAUGUUUUCGAUUUCCAUCAGACGUCCGCCAUCAUCAUAGACCCCGAUGGAGGACGACGACUUUCCGAGACAAUCGAGCCCCGGCUCCAAUUCCCGUCCUGCCACCUCCCACCGCGUCGACUCCUCCUUUUUCCUCGACCCCCCUGCCCUCGACGACUCGGUUGUUUCUCCCCUGAAGAAAGAACCGCAACAUCAACAACUACCGUCUGCCGCCAACCCAUUACAUUCCCAUCAGCCGGACCAGAUGGAGCAGAGUCAGGGUCAGGCUCAGGGUCAGGCUCAGGCUCAGGCUCAGGCUCAGGGUCAGACUCAGGGUCAGACUCAGGGUCAGGGUCAGGGCCGGGGUCAGUACCAGAAGCCGGAACAGAUACCACAUCAAAGAAAUCAACCCAACGCCGCCUUUCCCGAUCCCAGUUACCUUGAGGGCAUCACGUUUGACGAAUCCAGGCAACACAACGACUCCCACGCCGAAGACGCUGUGCGAGCCCACCUACAAGAUGUCGAGUCCAGCUUCGUCUCCCAGUUGUCCACUGUCCAGAUCCCAGCCCUAGUCCAGUCUGGUGCCGAUGAUACAUACCUCUUUGACGGCCCGAGUCCUACAAAACAUAUGCCCCUUUCUACGUCCCAACAUAACUCUACCGACCAGGCCCCCAACGAAAACGCCGCGGCUGCACCCGACACAUCGCCCGUGCGCGACGAGUCCUCCCUCCACCUCCCUCGACGGCGAGCUCAAGACGGUUCCGUAUCGGCCGACGUCAGUAAUACGACCUCUUCUCUCGAGAACCUGUCAUCUUCGCCAACUGCCGCUGCGGCUCGGAGAACCAUCUCACGCGCCGUGUCUAGCGGCAGGAGGGAGGCCCGCAGAGCUUCGUCCUAUCACGUCACGCAAAGUGAGAGUCGCGGUGCCGACGACGACGAGGACGACCACCAUCUCGCUGCUGAUCGGUCCAUGACCCAGUCCGAGGCCUCCUCUACCGCUCUUCGCCGUCAGGCGUCGGAUCGGAGUCUGCGUAAAGUCUCUGCGGACGCCGGCAACACCCCGGGCCAUGCCUUGCGCCACGGGAAGCGCCCCAAAUACCUGCGAAGCCGUGGCACUAGCCAGCGCUCCUCCAUCUCGUCCUUCGUCACCAACCCCGAUUCGCAAGACGACCUCGAUAGUGACGUGACCGUCGGCAUGGGGCCCGACUACGCCCUCGGCGGCCCCGGGACGAUGAUUCCCCGGAGCAUCAGCAAUAGCCUUUCACGGUCCGUCAGCAUGGGCAGCAUGGCAUCGGGGGUCGACGAUGGGCCCGACACCGGCCAGACGCCGCUGGCGACUCUGGACGAGAACGACGCUUCGCCGAACCGCCCGGCCGCCAGGGAGGAUCCUCUGAAAACGCCCAAGGCUGCUAAGAGCAGCCUCGCCGCUCCCACCGAUACCGUUCUUGCCCGCCAUGUGAGGAACGUGCAAGUGCCCGAAUCCCUGGCCAGGGAGUACAGGUCCAAGAGCGGCCUGGCGACGCCUAGGAAGCCGUCGGACACCACCACGCUGGUCGGCACUGGCCGUUCUGGCAGGAACCUGACCCUCAAGGAACAGAGCAGCACCAUCGAGAGACUAUCCAAGGAGAAUUUCGACCUGAAACUGAAGGUCAUGUUCCUCAGCGACCGCCUCGACAAGCUCUCCGAAGAGGGUAUUAAGGAAAUGAUCUCGGAGAAUGUCGAACUCAAGACCACCCUCGCUGUCGCCCAGCACGACAACAAGGCCCUCCGUCGCCGCGUCAAGGAAUUAGAGAAGCAGCUCAAGGAGGACGAAGACAGGCCCAGCACCGCCCGCAGCGCCGCCUCCUCGAACGACCAGAGCGGCGGCCACUUCUUCGACCAGGACGCCCAGGAACGCGAGGAGGAGCUCAUCUACCUACGUGAGCGGGUGGAGGAAUACGUCGUCGAGAUGGAAAAGCUGCGGAACGAGAGCAUGUCCAAGGAGUCUGAAAAGCGUAGGCUCGCCGAGAUGGUCAAGUCACUGGGGGAGAGGACAGGAAGCGAGAACCUCGGGAGGCAGGAGGAGGCCGACGUGUGGAAGGAUCUACUCGAACAGGAGACGGCGCGGCGGGAGCAGGCAGACGAGGACAACAAGCGCAUGCGGGACGAGAUCUACCGGCUGAAGCACGAGGUCAUCUCGGCGCACGGAGGAGCAGGAGGAGGAGGAGGAGGGGGGGGAGGAGGGUCAACGGGAGGAGGCUUGCAUCACACCACGAAUAUUUACAACAUCAGCAAGAAGAACCGGCAGAUGUCACCAAACCGCAGCCGGCCAGUAUCCGGACUGUCCGGCGAGACGGAGACCAACGCCGGGUUCAGCACGGCGAGCACCCUGGUCGACGAGCUGCGCCGGGAGAGCGAGCAGUUGCGACACGAGAAUGCCGAACUACGGCGCGAAGUCGGCGCCCAGACCUCCAUGUUGACGUCCAGGAACCGCGAAAAGGAGCGCCUAUACCAGGAGAUAGAGGACCUGAAGAUGGCCAUGCGGCGUGGGGCCACGGCGCCGUCCACCAUCGACAGCAUCCUCGAGCGGUCCGCGUCCCGCGCCGGAGGCGGCAGCCACCAUCGGUCCAUGUCCCGCGUAAGCCACACGAGGACGCAGGUGACGACCGAGAUGGAAGACCCCGAACGGGAGGAGCUGGAGAACCAACUGGCCCAAGCACGCGACAGGGUGAACGAGGUCAAGCUGCACAACCAGGAGCUGCAGCGGGAGCUCGACGGCUGCAUGGAGGACUUCGAGACGGCGGUCGAGGCCAAGAAGCAGGCCGAGGAGCUGGCCGCCGCACUGCAGGAAGAACUCGACAACGCGGUGAACGACCUGAUGGCGCUGCAGGCGGAGCGGGACGAGGCGCUGCGCGAACAUGCGGAGAUGGAGGCCGCGUUCGAGGCGCUGCGGAAGGAGGCCCAAGAGGAGAUCGACGCUCUCGAAGGGGAGGCGGAGCAGAGGAACGAGGAGCUUGACAGGCUGCAGAUGGAGCUCGACGACCGGUCGGAGAACUUCGCCGCCCUGCAGGAGGAGAUGCGCAGGAUGAGCGAGGCGCUGGUCCGGCUCGAGGACGAGCAGGAGAAGAAGGUCGGUCGGAUCCACGAGCUGGAGCAGGAGCUCCAAGACGCCAACGGGGAGUCGGAGGAGCUCGAGACGAAGCUGCGCGAGACCAACGACAAGGCGCAGCGGCUCGGGGUGCAGCAGGAGUCGAGCCAGAGCGAGAUUGCGUUCCUGCGGGAGGAGCAGGAGGCCGACAAGAUCCGCAUCAGCAACCUCGAGGCGGCGCACAACGACGCGCUGCAGAGCGUGCGGGACGAGCAGGAGCAGGUGAGGGAGUUGGAGGCGCGGCUGGCCGAGGAGCGGCAGCAGCGCGAGAUGGUGGCGAGCCAGGAGAAGGAGGAGGUGCAGCAGUUUGUCAACGAGCUCAACCGGGAGAUGUCGACGGCCAAGGACGAGGCGCGUAGGUUGCGCAAGAGCCUGGAUUCGCGGGAGGUGGAGGCGACGGUGUGGAAGGAGAGGCUGUUUGAGCUGGAGAAUAAUCUGCGGGAAGCCCUGGGCGACCUGAACGGGACGAGGUCUAGUUUGCUGAAGAACAUCACACGGCUACAGCGCGAGCUGGAAAACACGAUCCGCGACCUGGACUCGACAAAGGCAUCAUUGGUGGAAAAGGACCGCAUCAUCAAGCAGCGCGACGCGUUACUCGAAUCACACGGACUGGAGCUGCGGAAGCUGUCGGAGCUCCUCAGCAAAGAACAGCAGGCGCACCGCGCGACCAAGAGCCAGUUCGAAACGUUCCAGAAGACGCACAGCCACGUGUCGCGGACGGUCAGCUCGCAGGACGCGCGCAUCGCGGAGCUGGAGGCGGGGCGGGGGCAGGACAAGAAGAGGAUCGCGCAGCUGGAGACGACGCUGCGGGACCAGCUGACGGAGCGCAACAACCUGCUGCUGGUGCUGUGGACGCGGCUCUCGGGGCUGUGCGGGACGGACUGGGCGCACGACAACAGCCUGAUCAACGGGCGGGCGUUGCCGUCGCUGGAGUCGGUGGGCACGAUGCUGCCGGGGUUCAGCAAGAACCUGAUGGCGGCGGUCAAGACGAUCGAGACGAUGGUGGGCGGGUUCCAGUCGCGGAUCAAGGACGUGGAGCGGGAGCUGUGGAAGGAGUACCAGAACCUCGAGGGCCUGCUGGACACGCGGGCCAAGAAGCUGGACCGGCUCGAGUCGAUUGUGCGGAACGGGGUGGCGUCGGGGACGCUCAACUCGCACGACCACUCGCGGCUGGCGCGGCUGGAGGAGGCGUACCGGCAGCUCAAGGUGGAGAAUGCGACGUUGCGGACGCGGGCGGCGUACGCAUCGGGUGGUGGUGGUGGCGGCGGCGGCGGCGGCGGGGGCGAUGGAAGCGGCAGCCCGUCGCCUUCGAUCCCGACGGGGCCGCGGGACCGAGAGAUGAAAGGGCGGCGGGGCAGGGACGUGGACAGGCCGGGGACGAUGACGAGGACGGGAACGGGCAGUUCGGGGGGUGGGCUCAAGCCGUACGAUGCGGGCGCGGCGGUGGCGGAGCGAGGAAGUGCCGGGGUCGGGGCAGGGACAGGGCUGACGACGGACGACAAGGCGUGGAUGCUACGGUUGCGGGACCUGGAGGCCAAGCUCAAGGCGGAGCGCGAGGGGAGGAACCAGGACCGGAACGCGGCGCGGCACCGGCUGAGUGGGUUGGAGACGGAGAACCGGGAUCUCCGGGGGGAGAUGAUGAGGAUACGAAGGGGGUUUAGUAGUAAGGAGUGA